AUGAAGUUUGGAAGUGCUAGAAAUGGAUUUGGCAAAGUACAAUGUUGUUUUGGAUUUUCUGCACAUCUAAACAAAUACAUGGACCAUUGUGUGCUUAAGAUUCGCCACCGUCGUCGCCGUUUCCUUGCCGGAAACCUCCCAUCCCUGUUUAAUUCCCGAAGCAAUCAGUUCAGUGAAAAUUGGGUAGAAAGUCGAUCGAUCGUUGAUCUGUUCGAGAUGGGAGACUCCACCGCCACCGUCAGUGGCGGUGAUAAUAACACGUCUGAGAGAAACGCGGCGGAAGAAGUUUGUAGAAUCGUGGAACAGAGUAAAGAGUUGCAGGAAUCUGCGGCAACUUUAAUUUCUCGAAAUUCACAGGAGGAAGCUUCACUAAGGCAACGAGCCCUAGCUCUAGAUUCAAGUAUCAAAAGGCUUCAUUCAUACAUUGCUUCCUCCGUCAAGAAAGGGAAUUUGGAUCCAAAAGAUGCCGAAAAAUUGGUUGAUGAGCUAACUAGAGCGAGUUAUACAUUGAGUGAAGGAGAUGCAGCUGCAUUUCUUCCCAGCAAAUCUUAUGGAAGAUUUUUGAAGAUGUUUCUUGGUCCCAUAAAUGUUCAUGCUACCAGAAAGGAUGUUCAAUUGAAAGUGAAAGAGGAAUACAAUAAUUUCAGAGAUAGGACUGCAUAUCUAUUUCUUUUUUUCCCAUCAUUGCUUCUGCUUCUAAGGUCAUGGGUAUGGAAUGGAUGUUUUCCUGCAUUACCUGUUCAGAUGUACCAGGCGUGGUUGCUCUUUCUCUACACAGGGUUGGCUUUGAGAGAGAAUAUCUUGAGAGUUAAUGGAAGUGACAUACGUCCAUGGUGGAUAUAUCAUCACUAUUGUGCUAUGCUUAUGGCACUCAUCAGCCUCACAUGGGAGAUAGAAAGGCAACCCGAUUGCUCCCAGAAACAGAAAGGUAUACAAUUGUUUUUGAAAUGGGCAAUCAUGCAAGGAGUUGCAAUGCUUUUACAAAAUAGAUAUCAACGCCAGAGGCUCUAUACUCGUAUAGCAUUGGGAAAGGCUAGAAGAAUGGAUGUUGUGUGGGGUGAAACUGCUGGAGUAGAAGGUCAAAUAUGGCUUUUAUACCCAAUUCUCUUUGUCUUACAGGCUUUUGAAGCAUAUGUGGGUCUGCUAUUGCUUAAAACCGCAGUGGUUGGUGUCGUUUCUGAGUGGCAGGUGGUUACGUGUGGAGUUCUUUUGAUAAUUAUGGCGGUAGGGAAUUUCACAAACACGGUAAAAACCCUGGUGUCAAAAUCACGGGUGAAAGCCAAAAUGAAGAAAGGUUUGCUUUGCUUUACGUUGUUGAAUCGUUUUUACUUUUUAUAA